CAGCAUGGAAGGACUGACGCAACCCCGGUUGAUAUACAGUUCACGCAUUCAGACCGCCCCCUCGACCGCCCCGGCAUCGUGCAUCAUCGAAACCAACCGCCCCGUUAGCUCAACACCGCCCAACUAACGACCUUGCUAACUUAGCUGCUACUCUUGCUCACGAUCCCAGCCUUCCCUCUUAUCUCGUCCAGUCUCUCUUUUUAUCCUCUACGAAGCUUGUGUUUCGCCCAUUUUUCUCUGAGAGACUCUCCUUGCUCCUCACUUCACCUUAUCCGCCUUUCCCCCACUCAACUGCCGCCAUGUCGUCACGGAAGAAGGUUUUGUUGAAGGUGAUCAUCCUGGGUGACAGCGGUGUCGGUAAAACGAGUUUGAUGAACCAAUAUGUCAACAAGAAGUUCAGUGGAAGCUACAAGGCGACCAUUGGUGCCGAUUUUUUGACCAAAGAGGUCCUGGUGGAUGACCGACAAGUGACAAUGCAGAUCUGGGACACUGCAGGUCAAGAGCGCUUCCAGUCUCUGGGUGUUGCGUUUUAUCGGGGAGCUGAUUGCUGCGUUUUGGUGUACGACGUGAAUAAUUCCAAGAGUUUCGAAGCCCUCGACAGCUGGAGGGACGAGUUCCUUAUCCAGGCAAGCCCUCGGGACCCUGAGAAUUUCCCCUUUGUUGUCAUUGGUAACAAGAUCGAUGUGGAAGAGAGCAAGCGCAUGAUUUCCUCAAAACGGGCCAUGACCUUCUGUCAGUCCAAGGGCAACAUUCCUUACUUUGAGACAAGUGCCAAGGAAGCCGUCAAUGUCGAACAAGCUUUUGAGGUUAUCGCCAGGAGUGCUCUGGCACAGGAAGAAGCAGAGGAAUUCAGCGGCGAAUUCAGCGACCCGAUUAAUAUUCAUCUCGAUAACGAACGGGAUGGCUGUGCCUGUUGAUACCCUACUGAUGGAUAUGAUUUUCAAAUGAUUUACAUAUUAUCGCUAAUGCCUCUGUUCUGCUUUUUUUACGCGCGUCACGUUGGGUUUUGUAGAGAGUUUGUUUUUUCUUCUUUUCUUUCGUCCUUUGAUUUGCAAACUUGGAGGAAUAUAGUCCUUCCCAGUGGAUAACAUCUAUUGGGAGUUAUCGUGUACCAGAAUGCUGUCUCUUUACGUCUGUUGGGUCAUAUACAGGAAUUGCUUUGAUUCUUUCUUUUGAUUUUGUCACAGGCUGCAUUGUCAUAUCUUUAGGA